CGUGGUCCGUGUACGUUUUGUAGUUUUGUACACAUGAUGAUUCGCAAAAUUAGAGUUUUAUGAAUUUGAUUUCAUUACUAAAGAAUAAUUAAAUUAUCCAAUCGCCAAAAACUCACACAACAUUAGCUAUGGUAGGCUACAAUAUGGAUGGUGCUGCCAGAGACAGAGUUAUGAAAUUGAUUCAAGAUAAAGAUAGAAUUGAAUCUGAAAUUCGUGAACAGAAUUUAGUUCUAGAAGCAAAUCAUGUAGGAAUGCAAGAUUCUCUUACCGAUAGUGAAGGCUUUCCAAGGAACGAUAUUGAUGUAUAUAAAGUCCGACACGCAAGACAUCGCAUUAUUUGUUUGCAAAACGAUCACAAAAACAUAAUGAAGCAAAUAGAACAAGGUCUAGGUGAUGUACAUGCUGGGUUUCUGGGAAGUACCACUAGCAACGGAGCCUCCACCUCUCAACUCACAUACACCAACGGCCAUAGUAGAGAUAUCACAAUCAGUAAUGGUUCAGAUGCCCAUGAACACACUUUUGCGGUGGUCGGUUUUGUACAAGAAGGCUCUCCAGCUGACUUAAGUGGUCUAUGUGAAAACGACAACAUAAUUCAGUUUGGCUCAGUAACUGCAAACAAUUUCUCGGACAUCACCCAGGUACACAAUGUAGUCAUGCACUCAGUGGGACAACCAAUUCAAGUAAAAGUUAGAAGAGGUACGCACAUCCUGUGCAUGACAGUCACACCCCGACCGUGGGGUCAGCCUGGAUUGCUUGGCUGCCAAAUAAACAGACUGGCCUUCACAUAGUAUCUGUAUAUUAUGUAAAGAGCAGUGUUUUUUCCACCUGUGGGUCAUGACCCGCUGGGGGGCUGAUCGCGAAAAAAAAUUUCACACCCCAGUCAGGUCACAACAUAAAAAAAGGUUGAAUAACACUGGUAUAGAGUAUGAAGAGUAUCUAAGUAGAGUUAAGCUCUGUUUAGUGUAAAAUUGUUUUUGUGUCAUUUUCUUUGUUAUUUAAUACUAACAAAAUUAAAAUGUUUUAUUAUAAUUUAUUACUAACAUUACCAUAAAAACAUAGAAUAACGAAUAUUAACAUGAUCUUAAAAUUUAGAAAUAUAUUUUAUGAUUGAUCAC